CCAUUACACCAGUUCCCCGUAGCGGUUUCCAUAUAUUCCAUCCCGCCCGAGCAUCUCGUUUUGAGUCCAGCACAGCAACAACCGCAAAAUUACAUCAUGGUCGAGAAGAUAAUAGAAGAAAACGAAAAUUAUGACACAGACGCGGGCGGCGCCUCUACCGGCAGCCUCGUCGGUCGCAACGGCGGCGGGGGCAGCAGCGGCGGCAACGGCAGCGCCUCCGACAGCGGCGGCGACGCGGGCGAACAACUGGACCCGUCGACGCGCGCGCGAGAGAUCGCCCGCCACAAGGAAGAAGCGAAGAAGAAGCGCAGGAGGAAGAAGAGGACCGGCUCCUCCGUGGUGUCGUCUUGUUUCCAAGAUUUAUACAAGAUGACUGGCGAGGUAUUAGGCGAAGGUGCGUAUGCAAGCGUGCAGACGUGUGCUAAUCUAUAUACCGAGCAGGAGUUUGCAGUGAAGAUCAUCGAGAAGGUACCGGGACACGCACGUGCGCGUGUCUUCCGCGAGGUGGAAACCUUUUAUCACUGUCAGGGCCACCCGCACAUCAUCCAAUUAACCGAAUUCUUCGAGGACGAGGAAAGAUUCUACUUGGUUUUUGAGAAAGUGAACGGCGGACCGUUGCUGCGCCGCCUCCAGCAGCAUCGGUACUUCAGCGAGGCGGCGGCGGCGGAAGUGAUACGGGAAGUGGCAUCCGCGCUUGCGUUUAUGCACGCCAAGGGGAUCGCGCAUCGCGAUCUCAAGCCUGACAACAUCCUCUGCGUGCGACCGGACAGCCUCUGUCCCGUCAAGAUCUGCGACCUGGACCUCGGAUCGGGCAUCAGGCUUCAAGCGGGCGCCGCCAGUCCGCUAGUCACGCCACAGCUGCUAACGCCGGUCGGCAGCGCCGAGUUCAUGGCCCCCGAAGUGGUGGACGCUUUCGUCGGAGACGCUGACACCCAAGCCUACGACAAGCGUUGCGAUCUGUGGUCGCUGGGCGUACUCGCCUACAUCCUACUGUGCGGCUAUCCGCCGUUCUACGGCCAGUGCGGCGAAGACUGCGGUUGGGAGAGAGGAGAAAGCUGUUCCGCUUGUCAGGAGCUACUGUUCCACAGCAUUCAGGAAGGGCGCUACGACUUUCCGGAGGUGGAAUGGAAUUCGAUUUCGCUCGAGGCUAAAGAUCUGAUCGCGCAGCUGUUGGUAAAGGACGCGCACCGACGUCUGAGCGCCGAGCAAGUAUUACAGCACCCGUGGCUGCGCUGCGCCAGCACGGCCGCCACUCUAGCCACUCCGGCCGUGCUGCGCAGACACGACUCCGCGCGGGACCUGUCCCAUUUCGCGGAGUCGGCGGCCGCGGUGCAUCGGGUCGUGCAGCAGCACUUCAGCAUGAACCUGGACUACGUGAAGGCGAACGGAGGAGGGUGCCAUUCGGCCGCCCUGUUCGGUCUGAGUCCGCCCAGCGAGAGCCAAAUGAUGCAGCGUCGCAUUAAGGGACGCUCGCUGUAUCUGCAGCCGCACCCGGCCACCACGGCCAGUCCCAGUUGCUGAAGGGAAGGGCUAACCAACCUUUUAACUCGCCGGGGUGCGUUUGUGGGCGUCUCCGUCGACCGAGUGCAAUUCGCGUACCUUACACCCCGUUCACUUUUAUACUUUUGUUACCUGUUUUGUAAUAUAGUUCUAUCAAGAAAAAAAAUGCCGAAUUUCAACAUUUGAAUAAAACAUAUCAGUUAUGUGUGUGGCAAUAAAAAAAUAUAUUUUGUCAUUAUUACCAAAAAAAAACAUAAAACGAAUGAUAUAAAUUCUAUUCACCUCUUCGAAUUUGGCAUUUUAUUUUCUCAAUAGACCUUUGUAAAAACCUGAAGCAAAAUUAAGAGAAAAAAAGAUAUAUUAUAUAUUUUAUUAGGGAAAAGAAUAAAACCUCUAUAAAUUGUUGAUUAUUUGAUAAUGUAAUGUCCGCCACAAAGUUGAUGCAUAAGUUUGGAGAAACUCGUAUUCCUGCUGAAAAUCUAACCAAUAAGAAAAUGUAAUAUGCAUUUUAAAAAGUAUUGUUUUUUCUGACGUAGCAGAGUGGUAUGUAAUACCUUAGUAUUAAGUAAUGUUGAACUCCUUUCAUACAGUACUCAUGAAUUAUUGUUUUCAAAUAGCCAAAAAAAGAUAUAUAAUUCUUUUAAUAUACUAAUUUUCGAUUUUUUCCAAUAUAUGCAAAAUUUUACAGAGAAACAAAAAAAGUUUGUUCUCGAAAUGCUUAUUUUAUUGUCGAUAUUGUUUAUUUCCUAAGAACUAACUUAGAAUAGUUUGGCAAAAUGCCGUUCAUAUUUCAAAUUUUGACGCGAAGUAAUAUUAACUGUUAAACAGUAGCAUUUUUUCCUUAUUAUUUGGCAUAAAAGAGUAUCUAUAUUUAUAUCAGCAAAUAGAUUAUUUAUAUAGAAAUAUCCGAAUGUAUGGGGUGUAAACGCCAGUUAAUAUUUUUUGGCGUCAAAAAAAAAAUAAUUGCACACUUAUGUAAAAAAAUCGCAACUUUCUGGAGAGGACACUAUAUUUGAAUAUUUUUGUAAUAACCUUUUUUGUGUUUUUUUUUUGUUCGAUUGUCAAACAAUCUGUAUAUCUUGACCGGUUUUGAAGACGGGCGAGUCAGUGACGCGCCGCUGCGAGCUAUUUGUUUCCUCUUUAGGUUUUUUUUCACGUUGUACUAUUGUUCCAAAGGGGUCGUAGGGGGAAAAACCACCCCCUCGACCCUGGGCCUAGAUUAGAUACGCAGCGCUUGAUUUUUUGAUACUUUUGUAUGUUUGAGGCGGACGAGGCGCGCAACCUGUCCGCAUUUUGUGAUAUUUGUACGCAUCUGACCGUACCUGCUACAGAGAUCGGUGAGAAAUGAGGGGGGGCUGUCCCCCUUUAAGGGGUCUGAGGUGGCGAGGGAAAUUAGAGCAGAUUAAAUUUAGCCAAAAUCAAGAAUAAUUGUAUUUUUAAAAAAUAUAUCUGUGGUAUUUUAUGUUUAUUUAUUUUAAUUUUUUUUGUCACAUUUACAAUAUUGUAAUUUUUUUAUUAAAUUUAUAAUUUUUAGUACAGAAAAUUUCCUUUAUAAGAUCUCUACGUUUUUUAAGAUUUUAUUUAAUCACGCUCGGCUAGAUUCUAAAAACGAAUCCUGUUGACUCUUUCAAGAAACUUCUACGUCCCACUAGUCAACUCCCAAACCCAACAAUGUUGCCGUUUGCUGUCGCCUUAUUUUAUGAACGGUUUUAAGAACGGCGGAAAGUAACGCCUAGCUAUAGUCAAUUUUGCAAGAGCAGCUGUGACUCCAACGAGAGGUCCCAGGAUCGUAUCCCAACCCAAACCAAAACUUUUUUUACAGCUGUUUUUUUUAAUAGCUGUAAGUUAAUAGCAAUCAAAAUACAGUUAGUCUCUGGGAUAAGUUUUUUUUGUUUAGAUUGUACGCGACACAGCCGACCGAUUAUCGUGUAUGCGCGUACACAACUGCGAUAUUAAGGGACAAUAAACGGCAACGUUGGGUAUUGGGUUGACUAGUGGGACGUAGAAGCUAGUACUCUUUCAUGGCACUAUACUAUCAUUAUUUAACUAGCUAGAAAACCAUACUAGCUGUGAAGUUAAGCCGUACUAAUACCGAUAGUGAAUAUCCCAGUGAUUUUUUUAGGUUAGAGCAUAUUUGAGUAUGUUUUAUAAAUGCUAAUUGUAAUUUUUAAUUUAAAAGAAAUGAUUCAGUUGCAUGGAAAUUUUAAAACUGUUAAGUUUAACAUCGUCUAUUGCUUGUUAACCACAUUGGAUAACACCUUAACAGACUAUACAAAUCUCAAGCAGGCAACUCACUAGGGAACAUGUUGGGGAAUGGAGUUGUCUUCAAUAAUUUUCCUAGUGUGUGUUUUGGUUGGUCAACAUUUUGACAAGCAUGUAAUUGAACGUGCUCCCUAGUGAGUGGCUUGAGAAACUUGAUACUUGUCAGUCAAGUUUCAUUGAAAGGCUUGUAUAUAAAUAGAAUUGAGAAUAUCUAUAUAAUUGAAUCCACUAUCUAAAAAAACAAAUUAUAUAUAGCAGAAUUCAUUUAGCUGUAUAUUAUUGAAAAUCUGUACAUAUCAUAAAUAAGUAUGGCAUUCCACAGAUAUGGUUUAUAUACGUUUUUAUUAAAGGGGCUGCUCUGAUUUCUGAUAGCUCGUUACCGUAUGGGAUAUAUAUAUUUUUAAUGCGUUCCGUAAUGCUCAACGUAGACCAUCUGGUCGGGAGGAUAUAUUAUACACACGUCCACAUUGGGACUCUAUGCGACGCCAAACGGUCCCUUCGUGGUGCGCCCCGAAGGGCUCUUUUGACGUCGGCCACUUCCAACACUCAGGGUUGUAUCGAUUGAGUGGGCGAGACCCGGUCCCGCCUAUAAUAGGCGGGGCCUCGUUCGCGCUGUGCGCAUGUUCAUCGAGAGAGUGUGAUCGAGCGAUUGCGAGGCGUAUGUCCCUCAAGUCCGUGGAUCCUUACAAAAAUCGAGAGUAUUUUUUUUAAGUCGAGUGUAGGUGCAUUUAAUAUACAUACCGUCGCCCUAAGGACGGCGGUGAUACAUCAACCAACCGUUUUAUACCAAAACAUAUUUUUUACGUUCACGGGUCAGUUCCCGUGAGUGCCAUUGUUUUCUACUUAUUUUUUUUCUUUACGAUUGCGUCUUUAUCGUUUUUGGUCGCCACAUCACUUUUCGUAAUUGUUUUCUGUUAAUUAUUGUUAAAUUUUCAUUGUCAUCCACCUUAAAAAAAGAACAGUGUAAACUUGGGAGAAAAUAGUGAUGGAAAUUUCUGUACCAAGUGUGCUUUAAUUUCUUAUAAUAAAGACGGAAUUUUUCUAA